AUGUCAACAGCCUCUUUCUCCAGAACAUCAUCUUUCAACACCACCGAAAAUGGAAAUUUGUUUAACAUUCUCUGCGAAACAGCAAUCAAAGAAUUUCUCGAAGAUCCCGAGACAUUAAAACUCGCCGACAACCCCUUCGUACAAUACGUGAGCCACAGAAAGGAGCAGAUUGAGAUAUGCAGAGACGAGGAGCACAACGACCCCAUCGAAGAGACGCAACAAUGCAUUCGUGAGGUCGAAAAAAAAUGGACAGCAAGCAAGGCUCAUCGCCUACGGGAAAAGAUUAGCCCAUUCGUCGAAAGCAUCACUGCCCUAACCAAAUCAUGCGAAAAUGUUCUUCAACCUGCACCUUUUGGCGUCGCAAUCGCUGUUUCUGGCUUCCGAAUCAUCUUGGAACUUGCUACCAAAGCUCAUGGCGCCGUGGAAGAUAUACUCAAUGUUCUCGAGGAGAUUUCUCCGCUCUUAGACUGCUACAAGAUGACUGCGAUGUCACAGCAGAGCUCUCCACAGAUAUCCAAGGCCAUUAAGAAGUCAUACAAGAACAUUCUGCAGUUUUGGACCUACUCAGCCAAAGUAUUGUCCAAGAGCUAUACGAGAGUCACUUUAUCUUCAGCGAUUAGACCCUUGAAGCAGGAAAUACAGACUUUCCGGGACAAAUUCCGCGAAGACUCCAAACAGGUCAGCCAACUGCUCAUUGCAUGUAUGGCAAUUGAAAGAGCUAGGGAGAAGCAAGAAAGAACGAGAGAUGAAAUCCUAAGGUGGAUAAGAGGUGGCGAAAAAGCCGAGUCAUUUGAUGCAGACAAGGACUUGGAAUUAAGGAACAUGAGUCGCACAGACGGCACAUGCACGUGGAUAUUUGAGAGACAAGAGUUCAAAGAUUGGAGAGACGCCAAGAAGAAUUCUGUUCUUUGGUACAACGGGCCUCCAGGCUCAGGUAAAAGUGUUUUGGCAUCCGCGAUCAUCAACCACUUACAAGAACAGCCAGAGUCAGAAGCUGUUCACUUCUUCUAUUCUUUCAGAGCAGCGUCCAAGCGACAAGAGACUUGUGGGCUACGAUCUAUCGCUCUCCAGCUUCUGAGUAAGCUGGACGUGGCGUCGAACCCUUUGAAGGCCGAGUACGAACGGGCAAAGAAGACUUGCAAGCACGAGCUGACUAAUAACGACGGAGAAGUAAUGGUCAAACCUCUCCGUGCAUUAUUGAAUCAUAGUCACUUUCCCCAAGUUUAUGUGGUUUUAGAUGGGUUGGACGAGUGCUCAGUUCGAACUCACGGUGAUCCUUUGUUCCACAGCUUGCAGCAGCUUCUCAACCUGGAUACACUUGGGACAGUCAAAUGGUUUCUUACUAGCAGGGAUGUUCCUGAGCUACAAUCCGUCAAAGACGCUUUCAAAGCUGUCGAAAUUAGGCCAAACCUCACAGACACUUCCAAAGACAUCCGUGCCUUUCUCGACGCCCAGAGGAUCUGCCCGCUUCACGAUGAGCCCUGGUUUGAUACAGACGAACACAACUUUCUCUAUGCAGCGUUGAUCUGUGAGAUUGCAAAGAAUAAGGCUUAUAGAACUAAACAAGGAACCAUUGAUGCCCUGCAAUCCUUCCCUAGAGGUUUGGAGGACUGCUAUGUCAAGUCGUUAGCCAGAAUUGCAGGACUUCCCUACCACAAACAGGAUCUGGCCAAGCGAACCUUUCGAAUCCUCACAUUGUCGGAAAAGGAACUUACGCUGCUGGAGCUUAUUGACGCCCUCAACCCUUAUACCGAUCCUGCCAACGAUGCCAUCAAGCCAAAGGAAGAUGCACUUCACGUUUACGAUAGAGUAAAGGAUGUCUGCAGCCCUUUGAUCACAAUGGAAGACAUGAAUGGCUCUCAGAAGAUAUCACUGUGCCACAAAUCAGUCAAGGACUUUUUUAUCGACCCAAAGAACAAGAACAGGAUUGAAGAGUACCUGCCAGACUUCUUUAUCGAUGAGAGCAAAGCGUUGGAGGAGAUGGGAUCGGAGUCAUCGUACAGCAAUGCUUUCCUUCGCUACGCCGCUGUCUUUUGGCAUAUGCAUAUGCAAGACAUUACUCCAAGCUCCGAGACGCUGAAGAUUGUUGAAGACUUCCUCAAGAGCCCUGCAUUUUGGACUUGUAUCUACGUACAAAGUCACGCAGCUCCUCAUCUUUUUGCGCGGUACAAGCGGGAGACAAGUAAUGAUUAUAAGAUGAUCCUAGGUACAAUACCAAACGCGGCACUUCAAUUUGGACUUCCCCUUCCGCCGUGGAAAAAGGAUUCCUCGUCCGCAGAUUAUUUGUCACUGGACCGCUCGUUUUGUUCCUUUGUUCUAGACUGGGGCGAGCUUCUUACUAAGAAUCCUGAUCAACUUCAUCAUGCAGUUCCUCUCAGUCUUUACAAGCCCAGCUGUCAUCUCAAAGCUCCCAACAGACUCCAAAAAGUUCACAUCAAAUAUGUUGCCAAGUUACUUCAGUCAACAAACGAGAUGCGUGUAUUGGAGUCGUCGUUCUCUUCUACGGGCAAGAAACGUGGUAAAACACUCCACCUUCGAAUCAUUCGCGAGGACAGAUUGACGCCUCAUCGCCGUGUUAAAGUAAACCAAGUGGAUGUAUUCUCUCGAUCGAAGUCUGAUCAGAAUAGUGAGGCCAUCUUUGACUCCCUGGCCCCUGACAGCGAAUGGAUCACCACAAUUGCUCGGGAUAGCAAGAGGGGCGAGUCGUUUCUUCAGAGCUGGAAAGUGAACAGUCGUGAUUUGAGUAUUACUCGCUGCCUUUUGGAUGGCGGAUCGGGUAACAGAGUCGAUCAGGCCCCUCCGCAAGUCUACAGAGACCUCGACUUGGGUCUGGAAGGCAAAGGACAAUGGAAUCUCGUACAGCUCGAUGUCACUACACAGCCGACUCAUAAAGACUCCGAUUCAACGACUCGACUAUUCCAUUUCCGCAAGGGGCAAUGCCUGGCACAUCACCAUGACAGGGGAAAGUCGCCCAACAAUGUAAUAAUCAGCAACUCAGAUUCCCAAGACAGUAGUUCAGACUCUGAUGGUGACUCUGGCUGGAGUUCGGACUCUGAUGAUGGAUCUGAUUCACACGAUACGCAUAGUAUCAAGGGGGAUAGAAAUGCAAGCCAGGAAAUUUCAGAUGAUCUGCAUGGAGAACGCAAAGAGCCAAUGACAGAAUGUCUUAUCAUGGCAAAUGACUUUGGCAGACCAGUUUGGCGACCAAUAAGGACCGACCGCUUAUCGUGGUCUAGAAUAAUAGCCACUCGUCAUUCAACAUUGCCUAUUGUAGCUGUCUCUUCUAAGUCUGGUGGAGUAGACCUACUCAACGACGAAACUGGCUCCAGCACAAGUUUGGAGAUUGCUGAAGAGGGAAAAGACCAAGGAGCAAAGCCGAUGGCAAGGUCACGAGAGAUGCAAUUCUCGCCGUGCGGGAGUUUCCUCACGCUUUUAUCCAUCAGCCUCUACCAGAAGGAUACCUUUGCGGAGUGUCAAGUUGUUCUGUCCUGCUACGGGUUUGUUCGAACUGCUUCUGGAUGUAGCCUUCAAACUCACGAGAAUGGCUCAUUGGCAAGCUUGAGCUACAGAUUCUUGGGCAAGGUAGACGAACUACCUCGACCGUACAUCAUGACAAACUGGACAGCUGAACACGUUGUCAUGGUUCUACCUCCAUUGACCUACAGUCCGAAGAUCAUCAGAAUCUCGCUUUCACCGCCCACAGAUCAGGCCAGCCUGCCAAAAGAUCUUCCACCAAGUAUAUCGACACUCUCACAUCCUGUGUUCUUCCCACAGUCGACUAUCUUCCGUGAACCCCAUAUUAUGUACGGCGACGGAGGCUCACCUGAGAAAGACAGCUACUUGUAUCUCGUCCUGGACACGCCAGAUCCAUCAUCGUCAUGUACACAAUCAACACUGCGCUGCAGACCUGGCCACUUCCGAGGAUUGGAAUGUCCUACAAGCUCGUGUGAUGACAAGAAGAGAGGCGUCAACGGUCCAGCGGUAAUGGGUUGGAAAAUAUCAGGUAGCGGCAAGGCACGAAAGGCUGACCAAGGUGAAGAUUACGGAGGUUUCACAGAGGAACAGUUUGCAUGGCGGGAGUGGAGUGAUGAAGACGAGGUUUCGGAGGAUGUCAAAGCCAGUAGAUCAGCUACAGAUGAGUAUGAGUUGUUGCGCGGGGACUUUGUGGGGGAGACAUACUCAGUACCUAUCCGAUCCGGGCUAAAUUGGACCAAAGAGUGUGUUCUUAGUUGUUGA